UUCCUUCCGUUUUCCCCCUCCGCUUCUCUUCUUCGUUGUCGUCCGCGCUUUCCUUUCGUUUUUUUUACUAAAAAGAGAAACCCUAACUCUAACUCCAACCCUAACUCUAACCACUAACCCUAACCCUAACCUUCGCCUUCAUCGCCAUCUCGGGUUCUCAGAAAGAUUUCUUGUUCUUUGGUAUCACCAAUUCGAGUGUGUAGCAGUAGCUGACCUUUGCUACCAACAUAUAAUUGGUCUUGAGGUCUCUGUUGCAUUGGUUAUACUAUAUGGUACCUUUGGUUGUUAACCUGCAAUAUAGCCUCACUUUAGCCACUACUUUCUAGUACAUUCUACUUCCUUACAGUUCACGGAAAAAUGGACCGUUGUGAUACCUCUGGAUUUGUCAGCGGAGGCUGUGAGGAUUUCUACAAAGACCAUUGCCUUUCAUUUAGUUUAUUAAAGUUUAGCAACCACUGAAUUCAGGACAAUUUAUACUUCUCAAAUCUCAAUAAAGAUUUAGCCAGCAAUAUAGCUUGUAUUCUAUUCAUGGAUACCAAUAUCUCUUCUUCGAGUACUUCUGAGUGGAGCACAAUUACAUCGGCAGCUGGAUAUCGAACAGAUGCUACCGUACGCCACUCUUCAAUAGAACGGAAUUUGGAUGAUUCCAUUGGAAGUGAUUUUCUUAAAAAUCCUCCACUUUCACUGGCUUUGGGCCACUCAGAAAGCAGCAAGCGAAGUUUGUUAACUGCUUGCACUAUCUCCUCAGCUAAGGAAAGAGAUGGAGAGGGCUCGAUGGAUCUUGGCUUGAAUUUUCAGCUGAGUCUGGGCAACAAAUUUGCUCACGGCUCAAAGAUGCCUGUUUUUCCUGUUCCAAAGGCGCUGGAAAAAGAACCCAAGUUCGACCUUCAAUUAAGUCUAUCGGUAGGACCAUUUGGAUCUGUUGUUAUGAAUGCUGCUUCAGCCUCAACUCACCAUCAGGAUAUCUUGGAGUCAUUAAAAGUUAUUUCAGUUCCAACUGUGGACGAAGGAUCAACAUCUCGCUGGAAAUGUGGGAGCAAUCUUUUACCAUAUUUGCACAUCAAUGGCGAAAGCACUGUAUUUCCUCCAAAACAUGUGAUUCCUGCAAGCUCUAGUCAGUCUCUUAUUCGAGAUCACACAUUACAGAGGGUUCAAACUACGAAAGUUCUGGCUGCCUCGAUCUUGCAGGAUGCUUGUGCACAAAAGCGCAAGUGUAGCACCAAAACCUGUCAGUACCCAUGUUGUGAAAAAGGUGCCCGAGGUGCUUCCAGGCUCUGUAUAGGCCAUGGCGGAGGGCGGAGGUGCCAAAAACCCGGUUGCAACAGGGGGGCUGAGGGCCGCACCAUCUUCUGCAAAACCCAUGGAGGUGGUCGCAGGUGCAACCAUCUCGGCUGCACAAAGAGUGCCGAAGGGCGCACGGACUACUGCAUAACCCAUGGCGGCGGUCGCCGCUGCAGCCACGAGGGCUGUGUCCGAGCCGCUAGAGGGAAAUCGGGCUGUUGCAUCAAGCAUGGUGGGGGAAAUAGAUGCCAAAGGGAGAACUGCACGAAGAGCGCCGAGGGCCGUACCCGCCUGUGCAUCUCGCAUGGUGGGGGCCGGCGCUGCCAGUUUCCUGAGUGCACGAGGGGUGCUCAGGGCAGCACGAUGUUCUGUAAGUCUCAUGGCGGGGGCAAACGGUGCACAUACCCUGAUUGCAGCAAGGGAGCUGAGGGAAGCACUCCCUUUUGCAAGGGGCAUGGCGGGGGCAAGCGCUGCUCGUUCACAGGCGGCUGCCUGAAAAGCGUGCAUGGCGGGACCAAGUUCUGUGUCGCCCACGGAGGUGGGAAGAGGUGCGCAAUGCCUGAAUGCCCUAAAAGCGCAAGAGGUCGGACGGCUUUCUGCGUUGGGCAUGGUGGGGGCAAGCGCUGCAAAUAUGACGGCUGUGGAAAGAGCGCACAAGGAAGAACCAAUUUCUGCAAGAAACAUGGGGGAGGCAAGCGUUGCUCCUGGGGCCGAGCAGGGUCCAGUGACGGCAUUGGAGACCCUCCUUGUGACCGCUCUGCCAGGGGUGCAAGUGGCCAUUGUGCUGUGCAUAAUCCUUUGGUGGAAGACAAUCGCAUCCAUGGGGGACGAACACUGGGAACUGCUGUUGCUGCAUGUAGAGCGACCACCAGAUCUGAAAAGAUGAAAGAGGUUGCUCGAGAGGAUAACUUAAUCUCGAAGAUGGAAAUUGGUGGGGGCAAUCUUUUAAGUUUCGACGGAUGUGAUGAGACAAAAUUCAUGCAUCCGGCGAGCACUCCGCACUCAAUGUUAGUUUCUGGUCCUGAAGGUAGGGUGCAUGGGGCAAUCUUAAUGGCAUUCUUCGCUAGCAGCUCAAGUUCCGGGAGCCACUGCAGAAUCCAAGGUGAGGGUGAUACAUCUAAGGAAGGUAUACCGAAUGCUCUGCCUCACAAGUGGCUAUAGAUAUGCUCGUCUCUCUAUUUGUGGCUUCGAUUCGAUUUCGGCUAGGUUGAUCUGUUCAUGUCCUUUGCUUCGCAUUCUCUUUGGUAACUUCGUAGUGUUGAAAUGAAAACCCUCUGUUUGUCGUCGUGCUGGCUAGAGCUUGUUUGUUAAUUACUCCAUUUGUGAAAUAAAAUAAGGGAGGAAAGAAGUGUGGGCAGUGUCACCAUCUAAUUGUUGAGUGUAUGAUAUUCUAGAUUUUUGCUUUAGGUUGGUAGAUUUUCUGCGAAACAGCAGCGUGUACAUUUUUUUUGAAUUUUUAUUGCACUUGUAAAUCUGAUUUGCUUUGCAUUGUAAACUUGACAUCAGAUUCUCUACCUGUAAAUUAGUUCUUGUUCAA